UUUUUUGGAUUUGGAACCUCGCACGCAGACUUUAUUUAAGAGCAAAAUCUCUUGAAAACUGAUUUCGAAGUAGAAAUAGAGGUGUCAGUGUCACUGAGAAAAAUCUCGCAGCAAAUCACCUACUUCUGCUGCUUCCGACGAUGCGAGCGGUUAGUUCCGCUGCUUCUCCCCCCGCACCGCCACUUGAUAUCAUCUCCCACCUUCCGCUCCCUUUAAUCAAAUCCCAGAUCAUUCCACCCGCCCCAUCGCGAUCCGAAUCCGGAUCAGAGCCCGCCGUCGAUUUUUUACUGGACUUCGACGGGCACUCAUGGAUCGCUUACGGCGCUUCCUCUCUUCUAGUAAUCUCUCACUUCCCAAACCCUCUACUGGAGGCAGAAACAAAAGUCGGCCCGAUUUAUCGGCAAGUGAUCGAACUAUCCCGAGAAGCUGCCGACUGCGUCUCCGCCGUGUCGUGGUCCCCUGCCACGCCUUCUGUAGGUGAACUCGCAGUGGCAUUGGGUGACUCUAUUGUGUUAUUAACAUACACUGAAGACGAUACUUCGAGCAGUUCUUUUUGUUGGAGCCAGACUGCAAUACUUGUGCAAUCCGUGAAGGUGGAGGCUAUCGAAUGGACAGGUUCAGGAGAUGGAAUAAUUUCAGGAGGCAUCGAGGUCGUGAUGUGGAGGAGAAAGGAGAAAUCCUGGGAAAUAGCCUGGUCAUUUAAACCAAUAGUGCCUCAAGUUCUCGUCUCUACCAGCUGGGCUGCCGAUGGGCUUUUUGCAACAGCACCGUGUAGUCAAGUGCAAGUUGGAGGUUCAUCUUCUCCACCCAAUGAGGCUAGAAAAUGUGUUUUGGUUUGUCAAGGUGAUGGGCACACCAAAUAUCCACAAGCCGAGCUGCAUCAUCCCAUGCCUGUUGGGAUGAUACAGUGGAGGCCGUCAACAGGAAAACCAUCAAGUAGACAUGCCAGGCAUGCAUUGAGGUCGGUCUUGUUAACUUGCUGUCUUGAUGGAGCUGUUAGGUUAUGGGGUGAAAUUGAUGAUGGGAGGAUUAGAAGAGCUGGAAAGGAAUACGGUGACCAGAAAGCAACAAAGUUAUCUUUUUGUGUCAUUGCUUCAGUUGAGGUAAACCAAACUCUGAAUGGUUUUUUGGGCUCUGAUGUCUUUGUAAGUUGGGCAAAGGAAGUUGAAGGAGUGACGAUUAUUGAUAAAGAAACUUGCUAUUAUUCAUGUUUGGAUGACCUUCAGUAUGAUACUGCUGGUAGGUGUGAGUGGUUAAUUGGAUUUGGUCCCAAAAGAGUAAUAACACUCUGGGCUAUUCACUGUCUUGAUGAUUUUACUCCUGUGAGAUUUCCAAGGGUUACUUUAUGGAAGAAGCAGGAGUUAGUCAGUGUUGAAAUGGAAGCAGGUCAAUUGCUUGUUCAUAAAGUUUUGAUGAUGAGGACUCGAGCUUCCGGCCCUCCUGCUGUUUGCUCCUUGGUUCAAUUGUUACCUUGUAAUUCGUUUGGCUGGGCACAAUUAUAUACUCAAGUAUCAACUAGCACAGAAGGAAAAUCUGCUAAUGACGGUCAUGUUGAAAGUCCUCUGACUGCUUGUGCGAAAGGAGUACUUGAAGUUGAGGGUCAUACCGGCAAAAUUUUACAAAUAGCAAUUCAUCCUUUUUCCGUUGAAGUCGAACUUGCUGCUUCUUUAGAUGCAAAUGGAAUGCUUAUCUUCUGGUCAUUUUCAACCUUUUUCAAUAGUCAUACAGGCCUGCCAGCAUCAACGCCCUCUUGGAAACUCUGUGGAAAAGUUUCUGUUUCUGACCACUCUCCAAAUUACAUGUGCUUGAGUUGGGUUCCCACUCUGCUUGGUAAGGACCAGGUUCUUCUCAUGGGACACGCCAAUGGUAUCGAUUGCUUUAUAGUCAAGACUUCGAAAAAUAAUGAUGAGAAAGUCCAAUUUCACACUUUAUUCUCUAUUCCCUUCAAGCUUGAAGGUCAUGAACAACGACUAAGUAGAAUCUCUUCGAUUCCUUUACCUUCUAACAGAAAUGGAAACUCUGUUUCUUGUAAAUUUCUGCUGGUAGCAUUAUGGACAGAUGGUUUUCAGGCUUUGUCAUGGGAAAUAACCAUCCAUUCUUGUGAUUCGCAAGGGAGCUGUUGUGAUGAGCACUUACAAACAUUUGAAAGUGAGUAUUCUGGUAACAAAUAUUCUGUCUCAGUUGAUCCUCGCUCGUCAGUCUUUCCUGUUCCCCACAAUGAUGACGUGGUGACAUGUUGUGCUGUAGUCUGCCCCAGUGACUUGGUUCUGUCUGUAGAGCAGCUGAGUUCUGCUGAAGAAAUGGGCAGCUGCUCCUAUGCAUAUCAUAUGAUAACCGGUUGUGCUAAUGGCAGUUUAAAACUGUGGCAGACCAUGCCAGCUCAAUCAAUGAACUCAGAUGCAAACUGGAGUCUUGUUGGCGUUCUUACUUCAGAGCAAGGUCCUAUCCUGUCAGUAUCUGCUAGUGCUUGUUGUCGAAAGAUUGCGAUGGCCUCCACAACCAACAACCCAAGCUACUUUAGUUCAGUUUCUAUAUGGGAGUGCAUGCUUGUCCAGAGUGCAGGCAGCUUCAUGCUAGAAGAUAAACUAUGCUUUGAUGGAAAGAUUGUAGCCUUAAAUUGGUUUAGGUUGGGAAACGGUCAGUUAUUGCUUGGGGUUGGUUUAGAAAAUGAAUUGCGGUUAUAUGCCCUGCAACGGCAUGUAGGUCAAGAUAUUUUGAAAUAUGAAACUCCUUUGAAAAGAAAUGCUUGGAUUUGCAUUGCAGUUUAUAGUGGUUUGCCUGCUAUCUCCAACUUCCUUUGGGGCCCUAAGGGCACAGCCAUAGUUGUCCACGACGAGUAUUUCAGCAUCUUCAGUCACUAUUUAUUAUUAUCUGACGGUCCUGGCUCCAAUGGAAGCAUGGUUUCUCUAAUUUCUACUGCUUCUGAAAAACCACCUGAGAAGAUCACUGGAGGACAAUAUCAGUCUCAGGCUUCUAUGAUGAUGAAUACCGACGGUGAUUUGCAGUCAACUGUAAAUACUGAAAAAUGUCUGCCAGCAUACAACUCAGAUGCCAGAAUAUGUUUCUUGAGCAUGUCAGACAUAGCGGACAUUAUAGGAGGAUCUCUGCCUCUAUUUCACCCUGAGGCACUCCUGAUUAACUUGUGUUCAGGUCACUGGAAACGUGCAUUUAUUGCUUUGCGGCAUCUUGUCCAGCACCUUGCUUCUAGCAAUUUGUCUAAACAAGGAUAUGGUGCGAAAAUGUGCUACAAUAUAAUCUCACCAGUUCCCCUAUCAGAUUAUCUUGAAGGGCUUCUCUCACCUAGUUCAAAUGAUAAAUUAUUUCAGUGGAGCAGUUCACAGCUGCAAACAACGCUAUCACACUUUUCUCAGAUUGGUGGUUAUGAUAAUCCAAAUUCUUCUUUGACUUCGUCUUCGUCCAGAUCUGAAUUUAAUGACUUUGCCAAAGCUCUUGAGAGGUUGUACGAUUAUUCAUACAUAACUGAAGUUGAAAUGAUGCAGGCUCUUGCCCUAAUUGAUCUUUUACAAGAAGUUAGUAAUUCUCACUCUGAUUCUGCUUAUGGAAGUCUUGAUGGACCUGGCAGAAGAUUCUGGGUUGCAGUGAGGUUUCAAAAACUAUAUUUUGCUCGAAGAUUCAGUAGAUUGCCACUGGCAGAAGAGUUGGUUGCUUCUUCAGGACUGAUUGGGUGGGCUUUUCAUUCAGAUUGUCAUGAAAAUUUGUUUCAGUCUCUACUAUCAUCAGAGCCGUCUUGGGAAGAAAUGCGUAGUAUGGGCGUGGGGUUCUGGUAUACUAAUGUGGCAGAGUUGCGGGUUAAGAUGGAACGGCUGGCUAGACAACAGUACAUGAAAAACAAAGAUCCUAAGGCCUGCAUGCUCCUUUACAUAGCAUUGAACAGGCUUCAAGUUUUGGCUGGCCUGUUCAAAAUAAGCAAAGACGAUAAAGAUAAACCAUUGGCUGGAUUUCUGUCUAGAAACUUUCAGGAGGAUAAAAAUAAGGCAGCAGCUCUAAAAAAUGCUUAUGUGCUGAUGAGUAAACAUCAACUAGAACUUGCAAUAGCUUUCUUUUUGCUCGGAGGAGAUGCUUCUUCAGCUGUCACAGUCUGUGCUAAAAACCUUGGAGAUGAACAGCUUGCCCUUGUAAUUUGUCAUCUCAUCGAGGGGCGUGGUGCCUCUUUAGAGUGCAAUCUUAUUUCAAAAUUUCUCCUCCCAUCCGCGUUGUCGAGAGGCGACUUCUGGAUGGCAAGUUUUUUAGAGUGGUUAUUGGGAAAUUAUUCCCAAUCUUUUUUGAGAAUGCUGGGUGUCGAAAUGGGUUCUGAAUUUGAUAUUGCAGUCCUCUCAUCCUCUACUGCUUCUUUUCUGGAUCCAAGCAUUGGUCAAUAUUGCCUAAUGUUGGCUACAAAGACUAGCAUGAAAAAUGCUAUUGGGGAGUUUAAUGCUGCUGUUUUAUGUCGGUGGGCAACUUUGUUGAGUGUUACUUCCUUUGGCAGAUGUGGCCUACCUCUUGAAGCUCUGGAGUGCCUCUCUUCAUCUGUUAGCCUCUCUGGUGGAGCUACCCAUGGAAAUGUGAUGCAUAGCCCAACUGGCAAUCUUGUUGAAAUGGGGAAGCCAUCAAUAAAUCAAAGUUCCUCAAACUGGAUCUCAAAUGAGCUGUUGUGCCAUAUUAUGUCGCAUUGUAAGUUACAUUUGGCCAUGCAGUAUAUAUCAAAUUUGUUAAGAGAACAUCCAAGCUGUGUAGGCACUGCUAGGUUUUCUAUUGGAGAGUUCAUAAACCACGAUAUUGACAGUGAAGGACUUAAGAAGUUACUGAAGGAAUUUGAAGACCAUUUGGCUGCAGCUAUUGCAUAUUUCCAGCAGAAAUUCUCUUUGCUUCCGUGCCAUUUAAUUAGCAUGAUUGUAUUAUCUUUGCACCAUAAUGGUCGAGAAUUUGUUGGGCACUAUAUAUUGGUAGAGAAUAUUCCGAAAUUUCUAUUUCAAGAAAAAAGUAGCCGACCUGAUAACUUGUUAUUGUGUCCAUCCAAUCUCCUCUUGAAAGCCACUGAAGAAAUCUCCUGCUUGUAUGUGAAAUAUGUCAUUGCCUCUUGCAAAAACUGCUUUUGCUCGACAUAUUUGACCAGGAAUGACGAAAGCAGGUUUUGCUGGCUUGGUGCUUGGGGUUUUUCCAAUCAAGGGAUAGCAUGGACAUUUUGGUAUCUGAGAGCCAUGUUGCGGUUGUUCCUCAGAUCCUACUCCGAAGACAUUCUGAUGUUACUUUUUCCACUUCUUUGUUUGUUGAAAUGCCAUUUACUUUUUGCUUCAGCUUGCCUUAAGAAAAACUUUGAAGCCCUUCUAUUACUUGUUAGACCUAUUAUGGUCAAAUUAAUGGGAGGGGGUGCAGCCAAUGAGAUCAAGAUUGAAGAUCUGACUAAACUUCUUGCUGAUAUUGUGGAGAUCCUUGCUCAUAAUUCACUGACAGACUUAGGAACACAUGAUCAGACCAAUGGAGAAAAACAGGAACGAAGUGGAGUAGUUCCAGAUGACAAGAUAUGGCAUGCUGCGAAUGCUUCUUUAUGGAUGCAUAUGUCUAGAUUUUUGGAACAUAAACUCAGUACAUUGCCUGAAGUACUUGAUGGAAGUGGCUCUUCCCCAUCUCAACCUGACGUAGAUCCCAACGGCAAUGACUUACAGCUACAGGUCAGAUUGGUUUCAAAUACUUUGGUCGAGUCUCUAAAGCUCACCUGUGGAGUUAUUUCUUUUUAUAGUUCAAAGAAGUUCGCGACAUACCUGCUUCAAAAUGUAUCAAACAGAACCCUUCUCUACUUUGAAGAUGGUCUGUCUCUAACAGGAGGUGAAGAUAAUUGUCAGAUGAGUGAAGAUACAAAAUUGUUGGACCGUGGCAACGAGUUAGAUUUUGAACAUUUAUGGAAUACUUGUACGGAUCCAAACUUAAUUCGUGGAGUUUUUUUGCAAGAAUAUCGUAAUUGGCUACCUUAUUUUAAGGAGAAGUCAUUUGGUGGGUGGCGUGAUGCAUAUGUAAACAUUAUGAGAGAGUUCAAAUCUGAGGAAACUUGUGAUAAAGAAGACAGACUUGGUAGUCCUAGUCGUGCAAGAGGAUCACCUUUAGCCUGUUUAUCGCCAGACGAUCAUCCUUUCAAAAAUUCUGGUGACAAAGAUUUAUAUGACCCAAAGAGGGUUGUGCCUUUUCAAAAUCCUAAAGAAAUAUAUAGAAGAAACGGAGAACUUCUGGAGGCUUUGUGCUUAAACUCAAUUGAUCACUCUGAAGCUGCACUUGCUAGCAAUAAGAAGGGUAUAAUAUUUUUCAACUGGGAAGAUGGAGUUCUCCAUAGUGAUAAAUCUGAAUAUAUCUGGGCUGAAGCUGACUGGCCCCAUGAUGGGUGGGCUGGGUCUGAGUCUAUCCCAGUUCCUACAUAUGUUUCUCCUGGAGUGUGUCUGGGGAUUAAGAAGGGUCCACAUCUUGGGUUAGGUGGGGCUACAAUUGGUGCAGGUGCUUUGCCCACACCAGGCAGGGAUUUAAUGGGUGGUGGAGCCUUUGGCAUUCCUGGUUAUGCUGGCGGAGGAUCAUCACGCCUUGGUUGGGGGGUCCAAGAAGGUUUUGAUGAGUUUCUUGAUCCACCUGCAACGGUGGACAAUAUCAGGACGAGGGCAUUUGCAUCUCAUCCAUCUAGGCCUUUCUUCUUAGUUGGUUCCAGCAAUACUCACAUAUACCUGUGGGAGUUUAACAAGGAUGUAGCUACUGCUACAUAUGGAGUACUUCCAGCUGCAAAUGUUCCACCGCCUUAUGCCCUUGCUUCUGUGUCUGCGGUGCAAUUUGAUCACUUUGGACACCGAUUCGUGACUGCUGCAUUAGAUGGAACUGUAUGCACAUGGCAGCUUGAAGUUGGAGGAAGAACUAAUGUUCAUCCUACAGAAUCUUCUGUCUGCUUCAACAAUCAUACAGCGGAUGUGACUUAUGUUACAGCGAGUGGAUCAAUUGUUGCAGCUGCUGGGUACAGCUCCAAUGGUGUUAACGUAGUUGUAUGGGACACACUUGCUCCUCCAACCACAUCUCAAGCUUCUAUAAUGUGUCAUGAAGGUGGUGCGCGUUCUCUUUCUGUUUUCGAUAAUGACAUAGGAAGCGGUUCCAUUUCUCCUCUUAUUUUGACUGGCGGAAAAGGUGGUGAUGUUGGACUUCAUGACUUCCGCUAUAUAGCAACGGGAAGGACAAAGAAACACAAACACUUGGACACUGGCGAACAUAACAUCAGUGCUUCAUCUUCUGUUGAUAUGUGGAGCAAAACUGGGGACCAGAAUAGAAAUGGAAUGCUUUGGUACAUACCAAAGGCUCACUCAGGGAGUGUCACCAAAAUAUCUACAAUUCCAAAUACCAGUUUUUUCUUGACUGGGAGCAAGGAUGGAGAUGUAAAACUUUGGGAUGCGAAGAUGGCCAAGUUAGUAUUUCAUUGGCCGAGAUUGCAUGAAAGGCACACCUUCUUGCAACCCAGCUCUCGUGGUUUUGGUGGAGUUGUUAGGGCUGCAGUUACUGAUAUUCAGGUUGUUUCUCAUGGUUUCCUUACAUGCGGUGGAGACGGUUUUGUAAAAUAUAUCAGGUUUCAAGAUUUUCCCAGGUGACAAGAAGUUAAGAGCCAACUGCAUUGUAGUCCUUGUUGUCGAUGUACAAAGAGGUGGUAUGUUUCUACAUACCAGGUAGGAACGGAUACUACCUAUAAAGUUGCUCCUCAUGUGUUAUUCUUCCCCUGCCAAUUGACAUAGAAGUAAUGUUCUAAUGGCCGACUUCGCCAUGGAGUGUCUUGUGGACUUCCCGAAUUGAUAUACUGUUAUCAUUUCUAGUGAAUCAUAUCAGCAUUCCACAUGAUGUUUCCCAUUUCAACGGGAAUGGGUAAGAGUUAGCAGUUCCACAAACUGGAUCCUAAGGUUUUUCGGUUUCCGGGGGCCUUAAUGAUGAAAGUUCAGCUACCUAUUAGAAGGAACUUCUGUAGCUAAAUUUGUUGCGGAACUUGGUAAUAGAAGAUCAUUUCGGAGUCAUCUGAGUUCAGGAAUUGCUGUAAAGAUCUCUAUUUGCUGUUCUAUUGUGUCAACUGCACAUUCCCGUUACAUGAAUGAUCUACAAAUUCAUCCCUCUCAUAAGCAGAGCUACUUUCUUUCUGCCGUUUGUUGGCAUGUCAAGUGGGCAGCGGUGAAGUGUUUGGAUCAUGGGGUCAUGACCCAAACUACGAGGUUUUGUGUAGAAUUUUCAGGGAUUAAUUGCGUGGUUAGGUUGCUUGUGUUGUAUGACACUGUAGAAAUAAUUAUAUGGUUUGUUACGUGCUAGUGAAUUAUAUGUUCCUUUUUGUGCUGCUUGCUGGUCUGUGUAUGCCUCACUCUGCUAUGCUGUAUCCUCUUUCUCCUUUGGUAGGAAAUUCUCGUAUACACACGGUCAAUCGAAUUAAAAUAAAGUGAUCUUAAUUAA